AUAAGUCUGACAGUUUUUUUUUUAAUCCCGCCAUACGCCCGGAGAGCGCAGCUGACCCUACCGGAGCGCGUCAUUACCGGCAAAGUAUCGGAACCGUAGAGAGGACAGCGCGUAACCAGCGGAUGCUUAUCUGAGCCGCGCGCCAGCUCGCCCCUUCUUUUCGGAACUUUCGCUCCCCGCGCCUGACGGCUGCUGCGGCCGACCGGAGCGGACUGACUCCAUGUAUAAAAUGGAUUACUCGUAUCUGAACACAUACGACUCCUGCAUGGCGGCCAUGGAGGCGUCGGCCUAUGCAGACUUCAGCUCCUGCAGUCAGUCCAACGGCUUCCAGUACAACCCCAUCCGGAGCAGCUUCGGCCCGAACCCGACCUGCCCGCCACUCACUUCCGCAAGUUGCACGCUGGGCGCCCUGCGCGAGCACCAACCCGCCCCGUAUUCCACAGUGCCCUAUAAAUUCUUCUCGGAUCCGUCCAGUUUAAAUGAGAAGCGAAAGCAGCGGCGAAUCCGCACGACCUUCACCAGCUCCCAGCUGAAGGAGCUCGAGCGCGUCUUUGCGGAGACGCAUUACCCGGACAUCUACACGCGCGAGGAGCUUGCACUCAAGAUCGACCUAACCGAAGCGCGUGUACAGGUAUGGUUUCAGAACCGGAGGGCCAAGUUCCGCAAACAGGAGCGCGCUGCCAACUCGAAGGGUUCUGGUGGUGUGGGUGGGUCGAGCAGUAAGAAGGGCAGCGGUUCUGGCUCAGGUGAAGCCCGAUCCUCCUCGGAGGAUGACGAGUCCAAGGAGUCUUCCUGCAGCCCCACGCCUGACAGUACGGCCUCCCUACCUGCAGGGGGCAGUCUCAGCCCAAGCCCCCCCGGAGCCCCCCAGAGCCUCAAGCCCGCCCCCGUCAGCUGGCCCCCGCUCAGCCCCGCCCACACCACAAGCCACACCCACACCAUAAGCCCCACCCCACAGGGUCAGGAGCUGCUGAAGGCCUGGGGGAGUGAGGGGGCGGGGCUAGGUGUGAGUCUGGGGGCGGGGCCAUUUGCAGGCGUUCUGUCAUCCUUCCAGAGAAAACCCAACGCCUUGAAAGCCAAUCUGUUUUAGGACUGAUACACAUACACACAAACACACACACACACUCAGACACACCCAAAUGUCCCCUUCCUUAUGUGACCUACACUUGCCUCAUGAUCCACUUGCAUUUGAGCUGGACUCUCAUUUUAUUUAUUUCAAUUUGGAUUCAGUGUGUGUGUGUGUGUAUUUGAGAGAGAGAGAGAGAGAGUGUGAGU